AUGUGCGACAGCAGCGACUCAGAGACUACUGUGAGAAGCAGAAAUCGAAGCUAUCGAUACGAUCAUCCUAUAAUUGUUAACGAUGAGUAUAAAGUAAUCUUCUGCUAUAUUCCCAAGGUGGCCUGCACUCAAUGGAAACUUGUCUUUCUUGCUCUUGAUAACCGCACCGAUGUGGAUGAUGUGCAUGAUGACAAACAUUUAUACAAAUUUCUCUUUAAUGAUUAUUCGGACGAGGGUAUUAAAGUGAGGCUACAAUCUUACUUUAAGUUUCUGUUUGUUCGCGAACCACUCGAGAGGCUUUUGUCAGCCUACAAUGACAAGUUCAUAAACAAGAUAUGGCCUCGGGAAAUGAUUGAAAGUUAUAAAACGAAAAUUUUGGAAAGAUACAAACAAGACGAACCUAGCUCUGGCAGCUCUGAACAUGAACUUACUUUUAAGAAGUUCAUUUAUUAUGUGAGUGAUGUUGGGUUUGAUAGAAAUCCCCACUGGCGAUCGUACGGCCCACUUUGUCACCCUUGUUAUAUAGAGUACAAUUUCAUCGGUCAUUUUGAGGACAUGCCAGAAGAAGCACCUUAUAUCCUUCGGCAAACAGGAAUGGAUCGGGCGGUGACCUUUCCUCCGUUUCAUACCCACAAUACUACAAGUCAACUUCUUAAAAGCUAUGCCCCGAUACCCAAGGAGAAGAUCGCUCAGCUGGGUAAGGCCUUUCAAGAAGACUUUGAAAUGUUUGAUUACGAUUUCCCAGGGCGUCUAUCCGAUCUCAUGCACGAUUAA